CUUGGGACAACACAAUAUUCAUGAGUUCCAAACGAACAGUGGCCUCUGCUGUUUCCUGUUCAUCGGGAAGGAAGAACGACUCUGGAGUUUUGGUUGGCCUUCUCCCAGGUUUCCUGGGAGCUCCUAUUGUUUGUGUAAACUUCCUCUUGUUCAAGGCCACUGUCAAGAGCCCAGCUUCAUCUUUUGUACCUUAGAAGGUUUAAUAACUACCAUUUUCUUCUGCUGAGCAUUUCUGCUGAUGGUUUCCUCUGGCAUAUCUGUUCUAAAGAAGAGCAGUAGACAAAUACUUCUGCCCAUGGACCCACCUGAUGCUAUUCCAGCUGAUCAGGAGGAAUUUGAUUUUUCGGAUGUUUUUGGCCCUACUUUGUCCCAAACCUCAAAUGAUGCUGAUGUGUCAACAUCAGAAAACUCCGUUCCACAAUUAGCUUCAGAUGGAAAAUUUAAUGUUGCCCCACUUGUCAUUCACAACCGUUCACACUCUCUAGUUGGCCCUUCUCCUCGUAUUACCCACUUUUCUCAGCUCGCCAAGCUCACCCUGCAUGAGACUGAGAACUCAUUGGAGAUUGUAGAAUGCUCCUUAGAUGAGAAUGAAGUUCAUCAACAGAAGUCAGCCAAUGAUCCGGAAAAGAAUGGUAAUGUCACUGAGGAUGUUCAAAGCUUGGGACUUGAAGAUUUUGAAGUCUUGAAAGUUGUUGGGCAGGGAGCUUUUGGGAAAGUUUUUCAGGUGAAGAGAAAAGGCACUUCGGAAAUAUUUGCAAUGAAGGUUAUGAGAAAGGAUAAGAUAAUGGAAAAGAAUCAUGCUGAGUACAUGAAAGCUGAGAGAGACAUUUUGACAAAAGUUGACCAUCCAUUUGUGGUUCAGCUGAGAUUCUCCUUUCAGACAAAAUACCGACUCUACCUGGUCUUAGAUUUUGUCAACGGAGGACACUUAUUCUUUCAGCUCUAUCACCAAGGUUUAUUCAGAGAGGAUCUGGCACGCAUAUAUACAGCUGAAAUAGUCUCUGCCGUCUCUCACCUUCAUGCAAAUGGAAUAAUGCACAGAGACCUUAAACCCGAAAACAUCCUUCUAGAUGCAGAUGGCCAUGUCAUGCUGACUGAUUUUGGGCUGGCGAAGGAGUUUGAUGAGAAUACGAGAUCAAACUCCAUGUGUGGCACUGUGGAGUACAUGGCACCAGAAAUUAUUCUUGGGAAAGGGCAUGAUAAGGCUGCUGAUUGGUGGAGCGUUGGAAUCCUUCUAUUUGAAAUGCUUACUGGGAAGCCACCAUUUGUUGGAGGGAACCGGAAUAAGAUUCAGCAGAAGAUAGUGAAGGAUAAGAUAAAGCUGCCAGCUUAUUUAUCCAGUGAAGCCCACUCCCUAUUAAAAGGGCUGCUGCAGAAGGAAGCCAGCAGAAGACUGGGGGGCGGAGCAGACGGCAGCAAUGAGAUAAAGAAACACCAUUGGUUCAAAUCAAUAAACUGGAAGAAACUGGAUGCUAGAGAAAUACAGCCGAGCUUCAGGCCUAAUGUUGCGGACAAGCUGAGCAUCGUCAACUUCGAUGAAAAAUGGACCAACAUGUCCGUGCUUGAUUCUCCUGUUGCCAGUCCUGUGGCGGGUGAUUGUAAUUUCAACGGUUUUACGUACGUCAGGCCACCACCUGUUUUCCUUCAGAAGCCAAGUCCGCUGCAGCGUAAGGCUUCUUCUCCAUUUAAGUGAUGAUGAUUUAUGCUGGGCUGGUUCACUGACGAUUUGUGUUAUGUUCUCUCAGUUUGGUUAAUGUUUUCGUGAUUUAUAAUUAUAAACUUUGUUUUUGGUGACAUUUAUACACUUGUUUGAAAGAAUUUCUUUUUAUUGCAGAAGAAAUGUUUUGAGCUCCAUGUCACAGACAAAUAGUCACACUAGGUAUAGGGCCAAAAAAUAGUAUUUAAGUGCUGAGUUGUCCACCACUCUCAAGGGCUUUUUAGGGAGGUCCAGUUCCAGCUCAAUUAAUUAAUUAGUCAAAAUUCAGAUAAAAAAGCUUAAACACCUGAUUUAUG